CAAACUUUCAUUUUAGUCCGUGUUUACGUUAGCUAAGUAGGCUAGCGUUUAAGCGUAAGGGACACUAGCUUAGUUCCUAUCAAUUGCUAUUAGUUGUAGCGUGUAACGUUAGAUAAUAUAAAGUAGGCGGUGGAAGGCUUCUGAAGUUCGCUGAACAAUAACAGUUCUUUUGCGAUAUGUAGCUAUUUUAUAUGCAAAUGUUUCUUGGCAAUGUUUGGUCUGAAGUAGCCCUUCCAUAACCUCUUUAAAGAUGAGUUCCAGAGUGUUCGGUGAUCUGGAGAAAGAGGAGGAGGAGGAGGAAGAAGGAGAAGAAGAAGAAGAAGAAGAAGAAGAAGAGAGCUUCAACCGGACGGAAGUGAAAAUGAGUCAGAUAGUGAUGCCCUGUCACAGCAACCAUCGGCAGGAGCUGAGCGUGGGACAGCUGCUCAAAUGGAUGGACUCCACCGCCUGCCUCUCUGCUGAGAGGCACGCUGUGAGUCCCUGCGUCACUGCCUCCAUGGAUGACAUCCACUUUGAACACACCAUCAGCGUGGGUCAGGUAGUGAACAUUAAGGCAAAGGUCAACCGAGCCUUCAACACCAGCAUGGAGGUGGGCAUACAGGUGAGCUGUGAGGACCUGUUCUCUGACCGUCACUGGAGGGUUUGUCUCGCCUACGCCACCUUUGUUACCCAGCGCACAAACACAGGGAAAAAGGUCAUCUUGAAGCCCAUUGUGCCUCACACUCAGAAAGAGCAGGUUGAAUACAGCGUGGCGGCUGAGAGACGGCGGGUCAGGAUGGUACACGAUGACAUCAUCAAAGAGCUGCUCUCCAACGGGUCUAUCCAGCAGGCUGACAACUUGACAGUGGGCAAUGCGGUACCAGCAGAGAGGACCAGGGUGGAGAGUGUUGAACUGGUUCUACCCCCCCACGCUAACCAUCAGGUGAAUACAUUUGGAGGACAGAUCAUGGCCUGGAUGGUGAAUGUAGCUACGAUUGCUGCCAGUCGUCUGUGUCAGGCUCACCCAACUCUGCGGUCCAUCGACAUGUUCACCUUCAGAGGACCUUCUCAGAUUGGAGACCGACUGCUGCUGAGGGCUAUAGUCAACAACGCCUUCAAAAACAGCAUUGAGGUGGGGGUGCGUGCAGAGGCCUACCAUGAGGAGGGACAUAACCGACACAUAAACUCUGCUUUCAUGACCUUUGAGGUGCUUGACAAUCACGGGAAGCCAUGUACAUUGCCGCGGAUACGACCGGAACCCUUGGAAGGUGAGAGGCGGUUUCAAGAAGCCAUAGCCAGGAAGAAGAUCCGACUGGACAGAAAAUACAUAAUUUCCCGCAAGCAGAGUGAGGUCCCUUUGUCUGUUCCCUGGGACCCCACCAACCAGGUGUAUCUGAGCUAUAACAAUGUUUCGGCUCUAAAGAUGUUGGCUGCUAGAAACAACUGGCGCCUCAGUUCUGAGAAGGACAAGGUUCGUCUUUACACCCUGGAGCAGAAGUCCAUGUUGAGUUUCAGGGUGGAAUCAGAGGUGGAUGUUCCUGCUCACAGAGCCUUUUGUCUGCUGGCUGAGCUGGGCAACAGGCCGAGCUGGGACAGACAUUAUCAGAAAUGCGAGCUCAUUCACAGAGUGGACGAUGAUGACUUCCUGUAUCGUGUGGUGACUCCAUCAGUGCAUCGCCGUGGAGUAGGUUCCCCUACUUCAGCCAGUCAGGGAGAGGGAAUUCUCCAGGACUUUAUCUUGUUGGCCUCCAAGAGGAAGCCGUGUGGCAGCGGAGAUCCAUACGUCAUCGCCCUGCGUUCGGUGUCCCUGCCCACUCACCCUCCCACUGAAGGAUAUAACCGAGGAGAGGUUCUGUGUGCUGGAUUUACCAUACUGGAGACCAAAAACAACAUGUCACUGAUCAGUUACUAUAACCAGGCGUCUCCAGAGGUUCUUCCCUACAUCUCCACAGAUAUCGCUGGCCUCUCCUCCUCUUUCUACCACACCUUCUGCUCCUGCAGCCAGUACCUGACAAAGAACAAAGAGCAGUCCAGUCAGUACCAGGCCACGGACACAGACAGUCCCACCUGUGACAGUGAAGCUGACAGUCUGUCGGUGGCCCUGUGCAGCAGCCACCUGUAGACCACCAGCGGUACCUUCCAGGCCAGUUUACAUCAAGUAAAAUACAUUAAGUGUGGUGAGGUCACGCUGCUGUUUAUACAACAUGGUACUAAUAACACUGUCAAAAGUCUUCAAAAGAUGAUAAAUGAAAGGUUCUGGAAAGGGUUUUAAAGAUUACAAUAAAGUAAGUAAGAGACUAGGGCUGGGUGUCUUUCAAAAAAAUGUACGAUACGGUUUCUGAAAGUUUUUUUCUAUACUAAUUUUAUUAUACAUUACAUUGCAAUUACUCACUUCAAAGGAGGAGGCUGUUCAAAGAGCUGAGAGCAGCUGGAGAAACUGUUAUCACUCCACGUGGAUAACUGAUAACUGUUUCCUGUGUAAAGUUAGACAGCCAAUCACUAGCAUUAUCAGAUCUUGGUACAAACGUGCAGCGUAGCUCAUUGGGGCACUGAUGCUGAUGAGUCUUACUCCGUUCCUAUCCAAAUUUGGUACCGAAUGACAAAGCAUUUUUUGUUGUUGUUUGUAUUACUCGGUAGUAACAAAGCAAUUCAUAAAAGUAUCAAAGUUCCCAGCCCUAAAAGAAACAAUGGGCCUCUAGAACCACUCAUACAAACAUAUUUGUCUUAUGUAGCUUAUACAACAGAUUUAGAAGAACUGGCACAAAUCACCUUGUCUCUUAUUCCAAAUUUUCUGGACCACUCGUAGGAGUCAUGUCCAAUUUGUCUGCUGUCAUCCAAACACAGGUUUUUCACUAAAGCACUGUACAGUAUAAUAUAUGUGCAUAACUGUAAGGAAAUUGUGAGUUUGGUAUUUAAAUUACACUUAAUAAUAAUAACUAAUUACAUGGACAUAAUCCGGUUUGCCUGUACAGUUGGAAUUAUGAUAUAGUUUUAAAUUUGUCGUAUAGCCUAACAGUAUCAUCAUGAAUUUAAAUCGGCUAUUGAUGGGGUUAGAGUUCUCUUCACUUUAAGGUGUAUGGAGGUCCCUGUCCAAUUGUCAGGCAUUGCACUAUGGUACACACACUACACACUACUGUGUGAUGCAGACUUCCCCACGGCCCUCUCCCGUUGCAGUUAUCAUUCGCCUUGCUUUUCAUAUCAAACAACUUCUUCUUUAUUUUAGCAACAGUACAACCCUCAGGUGACACGGCAUUAACAGCAAGUCCUUUUAAUUCUACUGCUGACGCUGUUAAAAAUUACAGUGCUUGCAGUUGUUGUUGUUGUUGUCCGAGAGCAGGACUUCAAUCCCCAAGCUCUUAAUGUUCUUUUUAGUCUUCCGUACCAUUUUCAUGAAUGAACUUCCUCAUACAUGGUGCAGGCUUGUAGCCUAAUAUGGUUUCAAUUUUGCUGAAUGCGCCUUCCAUUGCACACAGGUGAUUUACACAGAAAUCUGAAGUUAGGAGCGUUUGACACAUACAACCCACCCGUACGAAAAAAAGUAAGACACACAAGAUGAAAAUACGAAAAUGUUCUUGCAUGAGGCCCAAUGCCUUCAACACUGUAUGUGUUCACACUGCAUCGUACGGCUCAACUCUACUCGCUUGUGGUACCUCUACUUUCCACUGCAGAUAGUACUUCGAUAGUACCCCAUGUAGGCGCAGCUGAUCAUCAGUUUAUAACUACUCUGUACAUUUACUGCUAGAUGGACAACUCCACUGCUCUCUUUUCGUUUGCACUGCUCACAUUCACCGCUCUUUCUCUCUUGUUCAAUCACACACUUACUACACACAUAAAAAGGAGCUCUUAUAACAGAGAAUAUAAAGGGAUGGUGUUCUUGAUACGUGUGCACUCUGUCAGUUGAUCUACGCAUAGUUUAACAGGCUGCCAUUAUUGUGUAAAUGCUAGCUUGCCCUAUUAAUGCACCAUUUACAUGUUCAACCAGAAUCACAUGAAAGACAUAGACCUGAUUUCAAAAUAAAGGCUAAUUCAGCAUUAAUUAUUAUGUUUGGAAAACAAAUGAUGCAUUCUAAUCUGUGUCACCAGUAGUUAGUUAAACAGAUGUUUUAUGUUAAACGGUAAACGUUAAUUUAAUUGUAAAUCUAACCAAGUGUGGGGUCUAUGGGAAUGUAGGGUUUAUUUUCAUAAACACUAACAGCAUUAAAUGGUGAGAGAACAGCAAUGCGCACAAUGUUACAAAUUCCAUUUGAUGAACCAUUGAUGUUUUGUUUAACACUUUCAUAGGAUUUUAAUAAAAAGUUUUUUGUACAGAA